AUGGCUCAGUUUGAUUGCCAGUUAAACGAAGAAGAAAGUGAAGCUCUGACUGGUGAGAAAUUAAAUUCCAGUACAGAAAAGAAAGUAGACGAACACUGUGCAAUGUGCCAGAUCUAUAAAAUGCCAUUGGUGACUUUUAAAGAUGCUGGCGGAGACACUAUUCGCUUCAUGGAGGUAGACGGAACAUGUUAUCCUUACAUUUCACAGAUCGACCAGGAAACGGCUAUAAGGGCUGCUGCUGGCGCUAAAGCUCGUGACGAUGAUGUUCUGUUAAUAACCUAUCCGAAGUCAGGAACACAUUGGAUGUGGGAGGUUUUAUCAAUGUUGAAAAUUGGUAAAGCAGAGACUAUUCCAAAAGUGAAGCAGACAUCUAUGAUUGAAGCAAUUUCCGAAGAAAACUGUGCGUCAAUUCCUUCUCCAAGGGUUCUUAAUGCACACUUCCGGUUUGAUCAAAUACCAAAAGAUAUGAAAGAAAAGAGGACAAAGGUAGUGUUGUGUCAUCGAAACCCAAAAGAUGUAGCAGUUUCGCUGUAUAACCAUCACUUUAAAAUAAAUGCUGUUUUCGACUACAAUGGAACAUGGGAUAACUGGUUUCCCCUUUUCUGCAAGGGAAAUGUUGAUUAUGGAUCAUGGUUCGACUAUGUCUUGGAUUGGGAGAAAGCCAUUAAUGAAAAUCCUGAAUAUCCUAUACAUCUUAUGUUUUUUGAAGAUAUGAAAGAGGACAGCUUCAGGCAGGUAAAGAAAUUGGCAAAGUUUCUAGAGUUGCAACGUACUGAUGACCUAUGUCAUGCUAUCGCUGAAAAAUGUAAGUUUGAGAAUAUGAAAACAGACAAGGUUGGUCUAGAUAAUGAAUUCUGGCUUGGUAUCUGGAGAGAUAAGAAGAAUGGGUUCUACAGAAAAGGUACAGUUGGAGACUGGAAGAAUGCAUUUUCAGUGGCUCAGAAUGAACAAUUCGACAGACUCUAUGAAACGAAAAUGGCAAACAGCAAACUGAAAUUCAGAUUUGAACUGUAGAGAAAUGAUAUGACGCUUUAAAAAUUUAUGUGUUGAAUCAUGUAGUUAAUCCCAUUGUUCAAGCUUAAUAUUUAUUUUUCUCAAAUACUUUAUAUUUGUUAGUUCUUUCAGCCACUUAAACCACAAAAAGGAAAUAAGAAAUCCCCACAAGUAUUCAGCAUACCAUAUACAUCAAAGUCAACGGCGCAAAUAUAUAGUGUUACUUAAAUGCCGACAAGUGGUGUAACAGACGGUGUGCUUAAUGUACCCAUCAAAACGGUAUAUUUAAAUGUGUUGCUACAUGUAUAACACGAUUCUUUUUAUGCAAGACAUCAUGGAAAGACGCAGCAUUUUAUGCAAAGUUAUGGUAUGUUUGGGGCAAUGCUUUAUUAAUAGUUAAAUUAUAUUGUGACACUUAAAUAUUUAUUUCCGUACAUGUUUCUUAUAACGGUAUAUCUAAGCAGUCAAUAAUGAUUUUCCCCAGCUAUCAUGACAAUUUAAAUCAAAGUGACCACUUUACAGUGUCUGUAAAAAGUCAACAAUAUUCAAAAUACAACUUCUUAAAUGAUAUCAGGCAAAUCAUAGUGCGAAAGGGAACUGAUUUCCUUACUUGAUGUGGCAUUGCACGAACACAAAACCUUCAGCUGAAUAUAUAUAAUCAGCAUCUACGGGAAUAUUUAUAUUUCCAAUUAAAAAGGUGAUAUAUAGCAUCUAUGUAUUUUUAGACAACUGAUCCAAUAUAUUACUACUAAACCCAGUGAAAUAUUGCAAAUUCAGACACAAAAACUAGCGAAUCACGAAUUAGACUAUUUGCAUUACUUUAGAUAUUAAGAAUAUAAAAUUUAAUUCCAUCAAAGGUUUGCCUUAUACCGUACUAAGGGGAGGUUAACCUUUCGUUAUCUCUUCCCUUUGGAAACUCAUCGGGAAUCUGGAGCUCUGCACAAAACGUUUAGACUUCAACACCCGUUCUCUCUCUCUUAGGUGUUUGCCUAUUUGUAAAUAAAUUAGAUUUGUAAUGCAUUAAAUAAAUGUUAUUUUUUAUAUAGAUAUGUUCGGUUUAUCGAAACCAGGAGUACGUUGACAUUUUAUCGUGCCAUAACAUUUAGAUCCUUCGGCUAGACAAGAUUCUUUUGUACGUCCCCUGCUCGCUACAAAAUAAGUUCUCCUUUUAGCAAUUAAACAUAAAGCAAACUUACAAAAUGUAUACUUAUAUUGUGUACAAAUGAUUUUUUAUUUGUAUAUAAUGUAAUACAAAGCGAGUCAGCAUCAUUUAUCUAGUAACAAGUAUAAAGAUAUACUUAAUCCACCUAUUCUAUGUUCAUCAUAACCUAUACAUUUCGUUCUCCUUGUUACCCUCUAUUAAUCAAUCAUCAAUGUAUUAAAGGCUCUAACACCGUUAGUUUGAUUCAUGAACGUUCAAGGGCGAUGUUAUGCCCACAUUAUGCUGAAUCCGUAAUACUCCCUCCAUCGCUCAGUCAACCGCUCUCAUUUAUCUGUUUUGUGCCAUGUGGUAUGAGACAUUCUUUCCAUGCUAAUUAGUGAGAUUCAAGAACUUAUUUUGCAUGUUAAUGUUACAGUUAGGCAUUUUUACAAACGACUGUUAGUUUAUCGCUAUUAAAAUAUUAAUAUCUGUCACAUAUAUCAUUCUUACGUAAAUGAAGUCAUGAUAAACUUGAAUUUAAAUUCAUAUACUUCUCUAAGAAGUAAAAAAUUAGCCCUCUGAAUUUCUGUAAACUUCACAAUUUAUGUCCACCUUGAAGUCAAGAAAUACAUUUAUUUCACAAAGCGUAGCCGAACUUUAUGACUGGCUAAAUCAAUGAAUAAAUAUUUUCUCUAUUUGAACUCAAUUUGACAAACUUGGUCUUUCACGUGAAAAAAAUAAGUCUGUCUAAUAUACAUAUAUAUUGUUUUGUCUUUGCCCCUCCAUUAUCAAAUUAGUUAAACACCGCUCGCUCGAAAAUUGAUUGUCCGAGCACAACAGAUUGCUUGAGCAAUCCAUAUGGCUCCCAUUCACCUUUAACCUGGAGUAAUUUGAGAUUUCUAGCGAUUGCGGUUUUCUCAUUUGUUUAUGAAUUAUUCUGGUUGCACUUCAUGUAAUAUUCAUAAAUAUGCCCCGUUGCUAUAAUUAUAUUAAUUAAAAUAUGAAUGUAUUCAUAAUGGAAUUUCACAUUGAUUAUACUGUAAACAUCCACUAUUGUAAUAACACAAAUAUGGCGACGACAACGUUUACUAAUAAUAUCUCUGUCUUUUCUGGUAAUCAACGCCUUGAGCAGUGAUAAUGAUGUAGAAGAAACACAAUAUUUUAUGACUGGCUUCAGGUAAUCAAAUUUGGAAUUAAGGACAAGUAUCAUUUAUCAACAAAGAUAUAACUUUGUCUUCAUUUAACCUGGUACAUACUUCAAAAAUUAAAGUUAUUUCCAUGUUUAUAUAAAGACAUGUGGUGUGCCCAUCAAAACAUGGCUACGUUGGCAAACAUUUAACCUUGUUCACAAAUUUUGCGCUGCAGGCAAACGCUCUGCAAAAAGUCAAAGUCUUUGUUAAAUUAAGAAACCAAGAAAUGCAAUAUUUAUUAUAUGACUAGAAAUCGCUACUGGCUUAGCAAGGAAUUAUAUUAUUUUUAACUGCACUUUUGACAAUUUAACACUUUUGGAAUGAUGACGGUAUUAAGGGAAAUACGCUGUUUUCCGAUAUUGUAAAGUUUUGUUUUGUUCCAAAAAGGUUUAAUACUUAUGGUAACAGACCUUUCUUUUUGAAAGGAACGAAUACCCUUUCUUUACAUGUAUAAUAUGAUCUCUUUAAUAUAAGUUUACUUUAUGUUCGCCUUAUUUGGAUACUGUUUAGAGUUAGCUUCUAAACUUUGAACUAUUGAUAAUCACUUGUUGACUAAGUAGGCCACGAACAAUAAACCUUUGAUGUACUUUGUCAGAAUUUUGACAUUUUUGUACAUAUAGAACUGGUAUUUCUUAGUUAAUAGUUUUAAAACCCAUUGUUUUUCAAUACCACAACAACAUUAGUUUUGAAAUUUUGUACAUUAAGUCUUCUCUAUGAGGCGAGUAAGCAGGUCAAGAAUUUUCCUUGUAAAGCAUUUUCUUAGAUUUGUAGCCCUUAUUACAUUUUCUUUGUUAACAUGUUUUCUUUUGUUAGACAAGAACCAUACCUAUCUUACAAUCUAAUAUCCAGUAUCUAGCCCUUAUUAUGUACGCGUUAACAACCGCGUUGUCUUUGUCUUAGGAAGCAAUAAUUUAUUCACUGGAUCAGUUGAAUGACUAAUAAGAAAGUAAUUAAUUAUCAUUGUCAUUACGUCAAAGGUUAUACUUGCUUGUUACAGUAAGUCAAAAUAACAGAAAAACUAACAAGCAACUAUUAAUAAUAACAAAAUUUUAUUUAUAAAAGUAACAAUUCAAAUAUCUUUAAAAAUGUCAGAUAGCCGUAAAAUCUAGUCUUAUGUGUAAAAAUAGUCCAAAUCUUGUCCUGGUCAAAUUUAAUUCCAAGGAGUAAUAUUUCACAACAGUUCAAAACAGAAUUUGGUAUAUUCAAAGAAUACAAAUCUUCUCUUCAAAGAUAACUUCUUUAAAUCCACAAGUUUAAUGUAAAUCCAGACUGGUAAUACUUUGUUAUUAAGAAAUACGGAAAAGUUUUAAUAGCAUUUUAACUGAAGGUUCUGCUCUGUCCUAAAACAGCUCCCUAUUUAAUGUACCAUGGACUGUUCCAGAACUUUCAUGUAACUCUUAGAAAAAAAGAACAUUCUAGAAAAACCAAGAACAAUACAGACUUUGAAAAUAAUUGUUACACCUUGUUUAUCAGUAUUGUGGUAGAACAUUCUGGAACAAGGUAGAAUAUAAAAACUUAUUUACAUGAUGUCUUAAAACUAGGUCAAUAAAUAAUGACAAAUAAAUAAAGUAAUACCUAAAGGGGGAAUGACAUAAACAUAACAUUGUUACGAAACUCACUACGCCAGUUUUGUGCCGUAAAAGUUUGAUUUUGGCGCUAUCUUUUAAGUACAAAGAUAAUAUUUAACGUAUUUCCUUUCAUAACAAUCUGGUCAAAGUGUCCAAAAAGAAUUUCAGGAAUUUGACAGUAAGGUGAAUUAGAGAAAGUGCACGAUCAUUCAUGAUUGGUACGCACGUUGUUUUGCAAAUGUUUACCAGCAUACAACUAAAACGUACAGAUAUUCUUAUAGAAACGCUUAUAACUGUAAACAAAAACAUUGUUUAAGUCUGAUUUCUGUCCGUUCUUAUCUUUACUCAGGUGAGGUAAUUGUACCGUUAUUACGAUCACUUCAUUUGUUUCUUCUCCCAACGAAACAACUCUUUGAUCAUUUGAUAAGUUAAAGUUUCUGGUAGAUUUAACAUUCUUACACAUCUUACCAAUGUGCAUUGACCAAUGAUGUUGUUGAAGCUUAACAU